AUGAGACUUAGCGUACCGCUCAGAAUGUCGACACGUCCAGCCAGGUCCUACAGCGAUGCGAUCGCUGCACUCAACUCUCUGCAGUCCAACUACGCCAACAUUAUGGCCAUCAGGGCAUCCGGCGACCGCAAGAACAAGAUGAACAUCUGGGAAAUGCAGGAGUGGUCUCGCCGUAUCGGUUACAGCACGUCGGACUUCAACAAACUGAACAUCGUGCACAUCACUGGCACAAAGGGCAAAGGCUCCACAGCAGCCUUUACACAGUCCGUGCUGCAGCAGUACGGCGACCAGAUCCGUAAGAUAGGACUCUACACCUCGCCGCACCUGAAGUCCGUGCGCGAGAGAAUCCGCAUCAAUGGGCAGCCCAUCUGCGAGGAGAAGUUUUCCAGCUACUUCUUUGAUGUCUGGGACAAGCUUGAGGCCACCUCUUCGCCGCUCGACAAUUUCCCGCACAUGACGCCCGGGAGCAAGCCCGGUUACUUCAAGUACCUGACCCUUCUAUCCUUCCACGUGUUCAUGCAAGAAGGAUGCGACUCGUGCAUCUACGAGGUCGGCGUGGGCGGUGAGUUCGACAGCACCAACAUCAUUGAGAGCCCCACCGCAUGCGGUGUCUCGUUGCUGGGCAUUGACCACACCUUCAUGCUCGGCGAGACGAUAGAGGAGAUUGCGUGGAACAAGGGAGGCAUCUUCAAAAAAGGCAGCCCUGCAUUCACCAUAGCGGCCCAGCCCACCAAGGGUCUCGAGGUUCUGAAGGAGAGGGCGCAAGAGCGCGAAACCUCCCUCACUGAAGUUCCUAUCUUUGACAGCCUGAAGAAAAUCAAGCUUGGUAUUGCGGGAGACUUCCAGAUUUCCAACGCGUCCCUUGCUGUCGCUCUCGCCUCGCAACACCUGGUCCGUCUUGGCGUUCUGGACCAGAACCUUCAGCUCGCACCGGAUACCGAGCUCCCACAGCGUUUUGUUGAUGGUCUCACCUCCGCUAAGUGGAACGGGCGGUGUCAAACUGUUCAAGAUGGCGCUAUAACAUGGCUGAUCGAUGGAGCACACACUAAAGACAGCAUUGAGGCUGCGUCAGGCUGGUUCAAAAGUGAGGUCAUCAAAACACCUCGCAAAAAGGUUCUUCUUUUCAACCAGCAAACAAGGGAUGCAGAGGCGCUGAUAACCAACCUCCACAAAUGCUUGCUUCCUGAAGUUGCCUUUGACCGCGUCAUUUUUACUACGAACGUUACAUGGAAGUCAGGCAGCUACAGUGCUGACCUCGUGUCAAUGAAUACAUCGAAAGAGCAGGUCGAAAAUCUCGAGGUCCAGAACGCCCUGCGCGACACCUGGUUGCGUUUGGAGCCCCAUGCCAAGGUUGACGUUGUGGCUAAUAUUGAGUCUGCUAUUGAAUUGGUCAAGGCCUAUAACGAGCCGGUCGAGGUCGUUGUUACUGGGUCUCUACACCUCGUUGGCGGCCUAUUGGUUGCUUUGGAUGGAAAGGAUUGA